GCCGAAUUGGACCCCCUUCCGGCGACGAGCGCAGAGGUAGCGUGGACGGCGAACUCGGUCAUCUCCUUCUUCUCCGGCGAGCAGCAAGAGCAACGACCGGAAGGCUCCUUUCGGCGUUGACCUCAGCCAGCGGCGAAGAUGAACCGGAAAUCCUCCGGCGCGGGGACCCAGCGCAUCAACCCGGUGAGACGCAGAGCAGUUUCCCGAGGGCCACUCCGAUUUUGCGAGGCAGGGAUGGCCGCGACAGGUCAAUACUCUGGCGAGGGUACGGCAGCAAGUCUGGUCAGGUCAACUCCGGUGGUCUUCUUGAACAACGUUGACCCAGGGCAGCGGCAAGGGCGACUGGCAGCAGCAAUGUAGCUUGGGACAUGGAGAGAAGUAUGGGCAGCGGUACCAAUUUGGGCAGUGUGGCGCGUUUUCCUGGGGAUAACUUCCGAGUAAAGUUCUUUUGAUUGAAUCGAACCAAAUCAAGUAUUGCUCCUCCACGAAGAUCGGUCCAAAUCCAACACUCGAGCUAGAUCCAGGAAGAAGAUGGAAAGAAAUCGUGAGGAUAGGGCUGAAUGUACUUCUCUUGAGAAACGAUGACACAAGCAUGUCCUUGGAACACCCCUGCUCGAGGUAUUGUCUGUGAAAAUUUUUCAACAAUGAUGGCUCUGCUGGAACUUGUCAAGUGUAUGGUACAAUCAUUCUGAUUGAUGGAGAAGGUGCUAAUUUUAAUCUCUAUGAUCGAGGGGAGGCAGAUGCUGAGACUGUGACUGUGGGUGGUUCUUUGACCCUCGUCAUGCCAAAGGGACAUGCUAUGUGUGCAUCGGGUCGGAUCUACUUGCAAGUCCAACUUAAUAAUGCAACUCAAAGAGCUGUGUUUGCCAAUCUUCACUAUUGGGAUUACAAAAGCAAGGAUGACUAAGAUGUGGCCCAAACCAUGAUGGUGUUUAGAUCUGCCAUCAUCGAAUGCAUCACACAUCGCCAUGCACUCAUUGCUACUGUUGACAUCGUGCUAUUGAGGGGACGUUUGGGGGUGGAUCAAGCUAAUUCGUUAAGCAUCUUUGGCGAUUUAACUGUUCAUUCUGCUACGACUUACCCGAUCGUUCUUUUCAAGAGGAGUGAAAGAUACCCAGGUUGUCUUUCACUCCUCUUGAAAAGAACGAUCGGGUAAGUUGUGGCAGAAUGAACAAUUACAUCGCCAAAGAUGCUUACCGAAUUAGCUCGAUCAGACCCCCAAACGUCCCCUCAAUAGCACGAUGUCAACAGUAGCAAUGAGUGCAUGGCGAUGGCCGAUGUGUGAUGCAUUCGAUGAUGGUAGAUCCAAACACCAUGGUUUGGGCCUCAUCAUAGUCAUCCUUGCUUUUGUAAUCCCAAUAGUGAAGACCAUUGACAAAGAGCACUACAGGCACAGACUCUUUCAAAGCAAAAAAAGCUUCUUUUGAAAAAGGCCAAGAAGAAGACAUGAUAAUGCCUUGUUUGGACUCAUUUGAAGUAGCACUGACAAAAUCUGCUGUGGUGAUGCCGCACACUUCUGAUUGCCAACAAGAUUCUAAACCAAUUGAUUGCCAACAAGAUUCUAAACCAAUUGAUGGUGGUGUUGUUUCUUCCUCCUCUAAACCAAUUGAUUGCCAAUAAGAUUCUAACCCAAUAAUGGCUUUCCAUACCAUUAGUUGAUGGUCUUCAUUCUUGCAGCCCAAACCAUUUUACAAAAACUAAUUGAGCUACCAACCCCAUCCUUAAUGUCCACUGCACAAACCAAGUGAGUGUGGUAUGGGUAUUGCUUUAACUGAAUCUGUGUUGUGGUAGACUCCUGUAGUAAUCCCCUCCCCUCCCCUCUUGUUUUGUUUUGACAGCAUAGUGUAUUAAUCCUUCAGUUGCACAUAGUGGCGUGGUGUAAGUGGGGCAGCUUGACCCCACUC